AUGUCUUUCUUCGAGCUGAACGUCAAGAUCUUGAAGAUCUCCGGUCUUUGGGUGCCUCUCGACGCGAGAAACUACAGACGAACGAUGUGCCUGAACUUGAGCAACGUCUUUUACUCGAUGGUGUUCUUCACGAUAGCGGAAUUCGCCGCGGUGCCAGCAUCCGCAGCGGAUCUCACCGAUCUGGUGAAGAACCUGAACAUGUCCGUGUCGUUCCUGCUGACCUUCUUCAAAGUCGCCGUUUGGUUCGUGCGCAGGAAGGAGAUCUUGAACAUCAUGACGAUCUUGCAGUCGACUUCCAACAGCUUCGAAAACGCUCCAGAAUUUGACCCGAAACGCAUCGUGGACAAAGAGCAGAAGAUCAAAGACGCCCUCACCAAGACUUUCUUUGUUCUCGCGUUCACAGUACCCACGUCCGCUUGUCUCUUAACUUUGGGCACGGUCAUCGUCAGCGAUGACUUCAGCUUCAAGUUACCUUACCGCAGCUACGUCCCUUUCAAUUACAGAUCAUCAAAAUUUGCUUACAGCGUCGCACUGGUCUACCAAUGCUUCGCUCUGUUGAGCUGCGGCACGAUAACAGUGGGUUUCGACAUGCUCUUCACCAGUUUGGUCAGCUUCACCAGCGCCCAUCUGCAAAUCCUCCAAGGCGCCUUUCGAACCAUCAAAAUUCGUUGCGUCAAUCAUAGAACCAAGAACGUUCGCAAAGACAUGGAACGGGAAAUGAUCAAAUGCGUUAAACAUCUUCAACUGAUAGUCGGCAUUUGCGACGCCCUAGAAAACAUCUUCACCUACUUGAUCUUACUACAAAUGGUUGUUUCUCUAGUAGUUUUCUGCACUUGCCUCUAUCUAAUCUCUACAAUGCCAAUCACGAGUCUUGGUAACGAGAUUGCUUACAUGCUGGCUAUAGAAAAUCAGUUAGCAGUCUAUUGCUACGCAGGAAAUAAACUCACAUCUAGAGGCGAAGAAAUACCUUUCGCCAUCUACGAAAGCGACUGGUUCGGCGCCACAAAGCGUUACAAGAACGAUAUGAUUAUGACCAUGAUCAGGAUGGGAAAACCCAUCUACUUAACAGCCGGAAAAUUCACCGUCCUCACGCUAUCCACUUUCGUUACAAUUGGAAGAGGCUCUUAUUCUCUUCUGGCAAUGUUGAAGAAUAGUUAG